AUGUCUGUAGUUGGCGUUGAUUUUGGUUCGAUGAACACCGUCAUCGCGGUUGCUCGUAACCGCGGUGUCGACGUGAUCACGAACGAGGUUUCCAACAGGGCCACACCAUCUUUGGUUGGCUUUGGUCCCAAGAACCGUUACCUCGGAGAGGCCGCUAAGACACAAGAGAUCUCCAACCUUAAGAACACAGUCGGCUCCCUGAAGCGCCUCGCCGGCCGCCGACUCAAUGAGCCAGACGUCCAGCUCGAGCAACAGUACAUCUCGGCGCCCCUGGUCGACGUCAACGGCCAGGUUGGUGUGGAGGUCACAUAUCUGGGCAAGAAGGAGAAGUUCACCGCCACUCAACUUGUUGCCAUGUACCUCGCCAAGAUCAAGCAGACGACGGCAACAGAGACCAAGCUGGCUGUUUCAGACCUGGUCAUGAGCGUACCGGCGUGGUUCACAGACGUUCAGCGCCGCGCAUUGAUAGAUGCCGCUGAGAUUGCUGGACUCAAGCUGCUGCGCCUUAUCAACGACACGACUGCCGCCGCUCUCGGCUACGGUAUCACCAAGCUCGACCUGCCUUCUGCCGAAGAGAAGCCGCGCCGGGUCGCAUUUGUCGAUGUCGGCUAUAGCGACUACGCCGUGUCUAUUGUCGAGUUCAAGAAGGGCGAGCUCGCCGUCAAGUCGACGGCUUUUGACCGUCACUUCGGUGGUAGGAACUUCGACAAGGCUCUGGUUGACCACCUGCAAAAGGAGUUCCUUGGCAAGUACAAGAUCGACAUCUUCUCGAACCCCCGCGCCACCUCGCGUGUCUUCGCCGCCGCCGAGAAGCUCAAGAAGAUCCUGUCCGCCAACCAGCAAGCGCCGCUUAACAUCGAGUCGCUGAUGAACGAUGUUGAUGUAUCUGCUAUGAUCACUCGUCAAGAGUUCGAGGCCAUGAUUGAGCCCAUCCUGCCCCGCGUUGAGGAGGUUUUGCAGCAGGCUCUUUCCGAGGCCAAGCUGACUGUUGAGGACAUUGAUGUCGUCGAGCUUGUCGGAGGUGGUUCUCGUGUGCCUGCCAUCAAGGAGCGCGUUGGUGCAUUCUUCAACAAGCCCCUGUCUUUCACUCUCAACCAGGACGAGGCCAUCGCCAGGGGUUGCGCGUUCAGCUGCGCUAUCCUGUCUCCCAUCUUUAAGGUCCGCGACUUUGCCGUCCAGGAUGUCAUCAGCUACCCGAUCGAGUUUGCCUGGGAGAAGGCCCCCGAUAUCCCGGAUGAGGACACCAGUCUCGUUGUCUUUAACAAAGGCAACCUCAUGCCCUCCACCAAGAUUCUUACCUUCUACCGAAAACAGCCUUUCGACCUGGAGGCCAGGUACGCCAAGCCUGAGGAGCUGCCCCAGAGCGUGAACCCCUGGAUCGGCCGCUUCUCGGUCAAGGGAGUCCAGGCCAACGGAGGACAGGAUGAUUUCAUGAUCUGCAAGCUCAAGGCGCGUGUCAACAUUCACGGGAUCCUGAACGUAGAGAGCGGUUACUAUGUGGAGGACCAGGAGGUUGAGGAGCCGAUUCCUGAGGAGGGUGAGAAGGACCCGAAUGUGAGUACAAGCGCUUGCCACGGCGACGCGACCAUAGCCCCCCUUCCUGAUCAGGGGAGCAGCGGCCCAGUCCCCGAUGGGGUUGCGAGCAGCCCUCCCCUGCAAACACCACAGAAAAGACGACGCAAUUCUUCCAGCUCCCCAAUUUCAAAAGAUAUGCCUACACACACGAGUAAGAAACUGACAGAGCACCUCAAGGCGAUGGAGACGGACGGUGCCAAGGACGGCGAAGCCAAGCCCAAGAUGCGCAAGGUCAAAAAGCAGGUCAGGAAGGGUGAGCUGCCAAUCGUUGCCGCCACUCAAUCGCUCGACCCCAACGCCAAGAACGCGCUCCUCGAGCGCGAGGCCGCCAUGGCUGCGGAGGAUAAGCUUGUCUUCGACACGGAGGAGAAGAAGAACGAGCUCGAGACGUACAUCUACGACAUCCGCAACAAGUUGGAUGACCAGUACGCCGAGUUCGCGAGCGAAGAGGAGAAGGACAAGAUCCGUGCUCGGUUGAGCGAGACUGAGGACUGGCUCUACGAUGAGGGUGACGACGCCACCAAGGCCGUGUACAUUGCAAAAAUGGACGAGAUCAGGGCCAUGACUGGUCCCAUCGUUCAGCGCCACUUCGAGAAGGUCGAGCAGGAGAGGCAGGAGUUACAGGCACGUCUCGAGGCCGAGGCGGCAGCUAAGAAGGCCGCCGAGGACGAGGCGCGCAAGGCCGCUGAGGCACAAAAGGCCGACGCUCCCGAGACAAAGGAUGAGGACAUGACGGACGCGGAUGCUAAGGCUAAUGGGGCGUAA